AUGAGGGUCGGGUUCAACGAGAGGAAACGAUUAUCAAAGCGCGGGGCUGUCAGGCGACGCGGGCAGUAUUAUAAUACGUGUGACGGUGGCUCAAAUGUUUGCCUCGCUGUAAGGGUUAGAUGCUUUCUGAGAGCUGCAUAUACUCAAAAGUCGAGAUAUGAUGAAAUUUCGGCCAUGAUUCCGUGGGAUGGUUCCUGUCGCCUCUGCAAAGAGAAUGUCGACGGGAUAGAUUUGGAUGCAUUUCAGGUAUUCCAGACCAUCUCCUCUAUUGCAGCGCGGAUAACUGCAGGAAUUACCAUAUUCCUUCAAACGGAGCCAGGCCUUACAAACUAUGGGGUCUCGAUAGGCCAGUGGACUACCGAGUGUUCUCAUCAGGAGACUGUCUUGAUUAGGACUGAAGUCCUGCUGGAACCCGUCCACCGUCAUUCCCCCAUCUGUGAACCUGGCGGCGGCUUCUACAACUACCGGAGAAUUGGCACAAGCAGCUUGCUUCUUCCAGAAUUGAAUACAGGCACAACGUGA